AUGUGUUCGACUACCGUCCCGAAUAGCCUUUUUGGCGGCCCGACCUUCUCUUUCGAGUCUUUACCGCACCGGCCCAUCGACCAGAAGACGGUCCUCGGCGGCAAGAUGCCCAGCUGUACGACGGUGGUGACGGAGGAAGUGACGGAGGUGACGGAGCUCGUCUUGUCACCAACCAUCUACCUCGACGACAACGGCGACCUGAGGCUCUGCGUCGGCGCCGAUGUCGAGGAGCACCCGCAAGACUUUGUUGUCUGCUCGCGAGCACUCGGACGAAGCUCGCCAGUCCUGAAGGCCAUGUUGUUUGGUGGGUUCGCCGAGUCGCGUGCGGAACAGGCCGGCGGCGAAUGGAGCGUCGACCUACCCGAGGACUCGACACAGGCAAUGGAAAUCGUGCUCAACAUCGUCCACGGCCAUUUCCACCUCGUUCCCGAGCAGCUUCCUCUGAUGCGGCUAUACGAGGUCCUCACCAUCACGGAGAAGUACGACAUGACAGUCAUCAUUCGGCCGUGGUCCCGCUCGUGGAUGCAGGCUGUCAAGCACCACACCGACGAUGUGCACCUGCUCUGCGUCGCGUGGGAGCUGGGCGACGCCGAGGUGUUCCAGACCAUGUUCAAGAAGAUGAUAUGCGAGUCGAUGAUGGACUUGCAAGGGCGGUUGGUGUUCGGACACGCGGCCCGGGCCUGGAAGCCAGGCCCAGAGGGAUACAACUUCCCCAUUGACAAGAUUGUCUACCUGCGGCCUCCGGAAGUAUUCGAAACCAUCGCCAAGCACAGACAGACGCUCAUCUCCGCGAACCUGGAUCACUUCGUCCUCUUGUACAGGUGUCUCAAGGAAGGAUGCCGAUACAUGCAGGGAUACUUCCACAGCUCCCCGGACGCCGAAGAAUGCAACAGCAUGCUUCUUGGGUCCCUGGUUAGGUGCCUCGCAAAGGGAAAGGUGGACAUCACCCUGCCCAACCCGUGCGACUCCUACAGAGGCAACGUCCUAUCGCUGGAAAAGGCGACAAGCGCCGUCAAGCUAUUGACAGUACACCGCCCAUCACCCACAAACCAGUGUCUGAAACGCAUAGAAGAGGAGUUGGCCAAGGGCGCGUUAUUGGCAGCAGAAACAAAAAAGAACUUGGUCGUCGUUCAACCGGAGCAUCGGGGGCACCUCGAAGUGCAAUCUCAAAAGACCGGCUUUGUCACUGCACGUUAG